AGUUAAAUAACUACCGCUGCGCAGAAGGGUGCAAAUAAAAACCGUGUUCAUUACUGUGUAUAUGUAUUUAUUCAAAUAUCACAUUUUCCACGUGUUUCUUUAUAAAAUGACAAUUACCCUGUAACGAGAACGGAUUUAUUAUGUAUCAAAGUACGUUACAAUUUUUGACCAGCCAUCGAGAAAAGAUGUUGAAAAGUAUAAACAACAAUCAAAAUUCUUUUUCGAUGGAAAACCUCUUGUCCAACGGUAAAUUAUCUCCUGAGAAUUUAGAAACUAGUAAAGAUUCAGAAGAAUUUAAAAAUUCUCACCUAAACAAAAUCGAGGAUGACGACGACAGAUUAUCGCCUAUAUCUUCGGGUAGUUUACAAGCUGAAAAAAAUGACGUUUUCUUGAGGUUUAAUAGUUGUUUGAGAAAUAGGUUAUGUUCGAACUGUGGAAGAUUAGACUGUAAUUUUAUUCAAUGUAGAUUAAGUGAAGGUGUUAAAGAUUCUAAACCGGUAUUGAAGUUUAGUGUAAGUGCCAUUUUGGGUGAUGAUAAAACGCAACAAAGAAAUAGUAAUAAUAAUAAUGAUAAUUUAGUGCACGUUACGACAACAGCGGCGCCGACGGGUCCACCUAGUUUAUUAGGCCUCUCGACCUACCUCAACAAUCAUUCUACUUCGAUAGCUAAACCUGUUGCGAGUAGACCACCGCAUUUUAAUCCUCACCUAUUACUAGCAGCGCACUGUAGGCCGCAACCUUAUUUAACAGUAUCCACACCUAUAUCCGGUAACCAUUCGGCUGUUUUUCCUUUACCCGGUUCGUUUCCAUGGGCGCACAGCGGUCGGGGGAAGCCCCGAAGAGGUAUGAUGAGGCGUGCCGUGUUCAGCGAUUUACAACGAAAAGGACUCGAGAGGCGGUUUCAAAUACAAAAAUAUAUCUCGAAACCCGACAGGAAGAAACUUGCCGAAAAGUUAGGAUUAAAAGAUAGUCAGGUGAAAAUUUGGUUCCAAAAUCGGCGUAUGAAAUGGCGCAAUUCCAAAGAAAGAGAACUUCUUGCCGCCGGUGGUUCCCGCGAACAAACCCUCCCCAAUAAAAAUAAUCCACAUCCGGAUCUCAGCGACGCUGACGGUGACAAACCCAAACUAGACCUUAGCGAUAUACAAGAUAUUUCGCCAGCCGGUUCGCCGAUUGAACCAAUGAGUAACGUCGUUCAUACGUCAACUGUCAACUAUCAAAUGUACGACGGAAUGGAUUACGAAAGUUCAAAUGACAGCGACGAAGAGAUAAACGUCACUUGAUUUGUUAUUAGGAAAAAAUUGGAAUCGAAUACAUAGAAACGAUUCAAUCUGAUAGCUUCAUUUUAUGUAUUAUAAAAUUGUUUAUGAUGAUUUACAAAAAUAUGUACUAUAACAGUUUUAAAAUUUUGAAAAUCAAAUUUAAAUGUUAUCAAUUCUUUUUGGACUGAACAAAAUCAGUAAUUUUUAGAAGAAAACGAUGAUUUUUCCAUUUUCUACAACCAAAAAA